AUGGUUCCGGGAAAACUGAAUGUGAUAAAUGAACCCCUUGUGCACAGGGAUCGCAUAAUACUGCCACCUUUACAUAUCAAACUAGGGCUUAUGAAACAAUUUGUCAAAGCUCUGAAUAAGGAUGGUGAUUGUUUUAAAUGCAUCUCUAAAAAGUUCUAUAAUUUGAGCACAGAGAAACUUAAAGCCGAAAUUUUUGAUGGUCCACAAAUAAGAAGGUUAAUAAAGGAUGAAAACUUUACUAGUUACAUGACUGAUAUUGAAAAAAAUGCCUGGAAUGAAUUCGUUUGGACCGCACAAAAUUUUCUGGGAAACAAAAAGGAUGAAAGCUAUGGGGAGCAUAUUGAACUGAUGUUGUCACACUUCCAGCAGCUUGGUUCUAAUAUGAGCAUCAAGGUACACUUCCUCCACAUGCAUUUGGACCGUUUCCCUGAAAAUCUUGGUGAUCUGAGCGAAGAACAAGGGGAACGGUUUCAUCAAGACAUUCGAACUAUGGAGGAACGUUACCAGGGUUUUCACAAAAAUUUGACUAGAACUACAGGCAAGGAAAAAGAAAAAAUGCUACUCAACAGCUUGCUACAUCAGACAUUGAUAAUUCAACAUCAAGCAGCCGAAGUAGUGAUGCUGGUGAUGAUAGUGAAAAUUCCCCAGUCAUCUUUCAGCAAAUAUCAGCAGCAGCAACAACCGCAGGACCCGAAAAAGUCUCAGCGUCUCGAGGUACAUUUCAGUUUUUUACUCCCCGCCUCUCUGAAGUUUUUGAUAGGUGUAAAAUCACUAAUAGAAAUGAAAAUAUGUGGUUACGUGCGCAGGACAAACAGAACUCUAAUGAAACCUUUGGCUUUGCAGAAAUUGCAGUCUCAUAGUCAUCUGCUGGAUAGCUUUUUUUCAACCACAGACUUGCCCAAUAUUAAAUGCUCAAAACAUGAUGACACUUCCUCUUUGAUAUAUUGCACCGAUCUUUCAGGACUUGUAACAUACAUUUUAAAUGCCAGGCAAUUAGACGAUGAUUUUUAUUUAAAAAUGGGCCUAGGCAGUGGCGAUAAUUCUUUAAAAAUGUGCUUAACCAUACUGCCGGAAAAUGACCCAGAAUAA